GAAGCCACUUGGUUCCACAAUCUAUGAGAGAACCUCCAGUGAUGGUGGGUGUGUACCACCUGGUAUGAACAAAGCAAGAGUGUCUGCAGGCUUUGACAUGGUUGUGUUGGGGAUGAACGACAUCGUGUCCUCUGAAAUCGCUCGUUUCGGACAGUGGGAAAUUGCAACUGCAGAUGACAUGGCCAAAAGAGCAGGGACAAGCUUGGCUGAGAGUGGGACAUUCCUCGACAUCGGGGCCAAUAUUGGCUACUACACCUUGCUCUUUGCCCACAAAGGCUUCAAUGUGAUAGCUGUGGAAGCCAUGACGCGCAAUCGGCAAGCCAUCAUGGGGAGUCUAUGUCUAAAUCCUCACCUGCGUUCUCGGGUUACACUUGUGCCGACUGCUGUGGUGGCACCAUGGGAACUGCAAAAGACCUGCGUGGAGAGUGGCCAAGAUGAUGUAUCUUCUUGGCACCUGAGAUGUGAUGGAGCGGAUUGUGAAUUUGGAAAGAGCUGCAGAGAAGUGCGAGUGUCUACUUUGGAUACAAUUCUUUUGAACAUGUCCCUGCCCCAACCUCUUUCAGUGGCAAAGAUAGAUGUAGGUGGGCGCGAAUGUCAGGUUCUUGAAGCAGGAGAUGGCCUUUUUGAGAGCCAAGUACUGCAGAUAGCGACACCAACAACAGAGACGAAGAAGUGCGUGCUUACUCAUGCCAUAAAACAUGGAUUUCGAGCCACAAAGGUUGGCGGCGCAACGUCGUUGGUUGCCGACACUUCUUUGAAGGGUCUUAUUGACACCAACCAAAAGACAGACAACAUAUUUCCUGUUCUAAGCAGCCACUCGCUGAAUGAAUGCGUACCACCUGGCAUGAACAAAGCAAGAGUGUCUGCAGGCUUUGACAUGGUUGUGUUGGGGAUGAACGACAUCGUGUCCUCUGAAAUCGCUCGUUUCGGACAGUGGGAAAUUGCAACUGCAGAUGACAUGGCCAAAAGAGCAGGGACAAGCUUGGCUGAGAGUGGGACAUUCCUCGACAUCGGGGCCAAUAUUGGCUACUACACCUUGCUCUUUGCCCACAAAGGCUUCAAUGUGAUAGCUGUGGAAGCCAUGACGCGCAAUCGGCAAGCCAUCAUGGGGAGUCUAUGUCUAAAUCCUCACCUGCGUUCUCGGGUUACACUUGUGCCGACUGCAUUGGCUGCGCCUUUCGAGGUUGAUUUUACCACCUGCAUCAUCAAGAGCACAAAUUCAAAGAUCAAUAUUGGCAACGGGCAUCUUUCAUGUGGACCUGAUAAGAAGUGUGACAGCGGGGAUGCAAAUUGUCAACCUGUGGAGUUAAAAACUCUGGAUAGUGUCCUUGCAGACUUGUCGCCUGCAUCUGUGGAUGUGAUGAAGAUGGACGUGGAAGAACAUGAGUGUCAGGUUCUUGCUGGUGGCGAUUCCUUGUUUUCAAAAUACCACCCAAAGUUGCUGCAAGUAGAGACACAGUUUGGCGAUGCUCGGAACUGUCUUCACAACAAAGCUUUGCAAUACGGAUACAGAGAAAAACAAAUGGGUCCUGACACUGCCUUAGUCUUGGAUGUUGCUGAGCAUGCAGGGCAAUUCAGUGAAGGAACAACUUUGGCCCCAGUUCUUGCUUCAACUUUGAAGCCACUUGGUUCCACAAUCUAUGAGAGAACCUCCAGUGAUGGUGGGUGUGUACCACCUGGUAUGAACAAAGCAAGAGUGUCUGCAGGCUUUGACAUGGUUGUGUUGGGGAUGAACGACAUCGUGUCCUCUGAAAUCGCUCGUUUCGGACAGUGGGAAAUUGCAACUGCAGAUGACAUGGCCAAAAGAGCAGGGACAAGCUUGGCUGAGAGUGGGACAUUCCUCGACAUCGGGGCCAAUAUUGGCUACUACACCUUGCUCUUUGCCCACAAAGGCUUCAAUGUGAUAGCUGUGGAAGCCAUGACGCGCAAUCGGCAAGCCAUCAUGGGGAGUCUAUGUCUAAAUCCUCACCUGCGUUCUCGGGUUACACUUGUGCCGACUGCUGUGGUGGCACCAUGGGAACUGCAAAAGACCUGCGUGGAGAGUGGCCAAGAUGAUGUAUCUUCUUGGCACCUGAGAUGUGAUGGAGCGGAUUGUGAAUUUGGAAAGAGCUGCAGAGAAGUGCGAGUGUCUACUUUGGAUACAAUUCUUUUGAACAUGUCCCUGCCCCAACCUCUUUCAGUGGCAAAGAUAGAUGUAGGUGGGCGCGAAUGUCAGGUUCUUGAAGCAGGAGAUGGCCUUUUUGAGAGCCAAGUACUGCAGAUAGCGACACCAACAACAGAGACGAAGAAGUGCGUGCUUACUCAUGCCAUAAAACAUGGAUUUCGAGCCACAAAGGUUGGCGGCGCAACGUCGUUGGUUGCCGACACUUCUUUGAAGGGUCUUAUUGACACCAACCAAAAGACAGACAACAUAUUUCCUGUUCUAAGCAGCCACUCGCUGAAUGAAUGCGUACCACCUGGCAUGAACAAAGCAAGAGUGUCUGCAGGCUUUGACAUGGUUGUGUUGGGGAUGAACGACAUCGUGUCCUCUGAAAUCGCUCGUUUCGGACAGUGGGAAAUUGCAACUGCAGAUGACAUGGCCAAAAGAGCAGGGACAAGCUUGGCUGAGAGUGGGACAUUCCUCGACAUCGGGGCCAAUAUUGGCUACUACACCUUGCUCUUUGCCCACAAAGGCUUCAAUGUGAUAGCUGUGGAAGCCAUGACGCGCAAUCGGCAAGCCAUCAUGGGGAGUCUAUGUCUAAAUCCUCACCUGCGUUCUCGGGUUACACUUGUGCCGACUGCAUUGGCUGCGCCUUUCGAGGUUGAUUUUACCACCUGCAUCAUCAAGAGCACAAAUUCAAAGAUCAAUAUUGGCAACGGGCAUCUAUCAUGUGGACCUGAUAAGAAGUGUGACAGCGGGGAUGCAAAUUGUCAACCUGUGGAGUUAAAAACUCUGGAUAGUGUCCUUGCAGACCUGUCGCCUGCAUCUGUGGAUGUGAUGAAGAUGGACGUGGAAGAACAUGAGUGUCAGGUUCUUGCUGGUGGCGAUUCCUUGUUUUCAAAAUACCACCCAAAGUUGCUGCAAGUAGAGACACAGUUUGGCGAUGCUCGGAACUGUCUUCACAACAAAGCUUUGCAAUACGGAUACAGGGAAAAGCCUUUAGGUGCCGACACUGCCUUGGUGAAUGAUUCUGGUGGCUGAAUGAAAAUUGCGACGCAAA